UUGUCUCACUCAAGUUGCAUUUACUGCGAAAUUUGUAGGAUUUGCUUGUUAUUCUAAAAUUAAUUCUGUUAUAACGUAAUUAUUGUUUUAAGUAAAAAGUUAAAUAUAAGACUUGAUACGAGUCUUACGUGCUUGGACUAGGAAAUCCUGUUUCAGGAUUUCUGCCUUGUCUCCGCCUCCGCACGUUAGACCCCGUCUGCCUGUACCGUUUAACAUUAAGGUGGAUCACAAAUACGGACACACCCAACCUUCGACUCACUGAACGUAACGGUUCAGAAAAAACUAAGAAAAAUGACUGAAAAGAGGAAGCGUGGUCAAAAUUUUUCCCUGCAAGAAAAAUAUAAGUUAAUUAAGUUAUUGCUCCGUCACAAAGAAACAAUUUUGAAUAAAAAGACAGAUGGGGCUACAAAUGAGGCGAAGAAUUGUUCGUGGAUAGCCAUCACAAAUUCUUUUAAUUCUACAUCAAAAAUUCACAGAAACAAGGAAUCUUUGAUGAAGAUGUGGGAGAAGUUAAAAAGCGAGAGCAAGAAAUAUGUUUUAAUGCAAAAUAACGCCACACGGAAUGGGGAUGUGCUAACAACCUUAAAAAUUGACCCUAUACUGGAAAAGGUCUGUGCUUUUCUUGGCCGAGGAUGUACAGAAAAAUUAGAGGUACCAGAUUCUGAUGCUGAGACCGAAUUGGAGACAGAAAAGGCACAAAUAGAAGAAAUUUCAGAUAGUGCCGAGUUGCAAAUAUAUGAACGAAUUAAUAUGGAAAACAACUUAGUUAAAGAAUCUAAGAACGACGAUAUACAAGAACUUCGGGACUUCUGUACUAAUAAAACGUCACUGUGGUCACGAAAGCGGCCACAUAUUUCAAAUAACAAUGAGCGGACUGAGGCAACUUCGCUAGAUUCUCAUAAAAAUGCAUGCUUGCAAAAUGUUAAUAAAAAAAGGGAAACUGUUGAGGACCUCAAAGGGCAAAUAUUGAGGGAAGAACUGGAAUUCAAAAGAAAAUUGUAUGAUUUACAAUUGCAAGCAGCAGCCAAAGAAUUAGAGAUUAAAACUGCAAUUUUGGAUCAAAUAAAAGGUGGAGGCAUUACUUUAAGUAAUUUGUUUGGUUUUCAAAAUGAUAAAAAAUAAUAAUACGAUUAGACAAUUAAAAUGUUCAACUGCCAAAGAUGUUCAAUUACAGCCCCGGGACCUGCAGUUUAACGUACCCUCCGAAACACAGUCAUUGUUGACCAUGAUAUACUUAUUUUUAAAACUUAGGAAAGUGGCAUUAGGCCACCACGACUUUGUAUUUGUUACUAAUAAACGUGGAAUCGCUUCCGAUAACUUUCUGUU